AUGCCAGUUUGCGACACCCCUGCGACGCCUGCCGAUGGCUCUGUGGUCGUGUCGACAGACGGCGGGACUGUCAGGUACUCGUGCGAUUCCGGGACCACCCUGGCAGGGAACGUCGAGCAGCAGUGUCAGACAAAUGGGCAGGGUUGGGCCGGGACACCACCAAUAUGUGUAUCAUGUACGACAUUGACCCAACCUGAUAACGGCAACAUGACCACGUCUACUGACGGUUCAGCUUCUACCGUAACGUACACAUGUGACGUCGGUUACACGUUGGCUGGUGACGGGACGAGGCAGUGUAGCGUCACUGGCGUUUGGACUGGCUCUGACCCGAUUUGUCAAAUGUGCACGGCGUUAGUCACACCGAAUAGUGGUUCUGUCCACUUUAUCAGUAACGGCACGUCGACGGUCGCGAGUUUCAUGUGCGUCCCCGACUACAUGUUGUCAGGCAGCAGCGAGUCACAAUGCACAAGUACAGGGGUCUGGACGCAAGUGUCACCGACGUGUGUUUGUGAGUCUCCGGCGGCACCAGAUCAGGGCGCGGUUUCGCUGUCGGCGGAUAACAUGACGGCGACGUUCCGCUGUGACGUCGGUUACGUAAUCUCCGGGUCUGACGUUAGGGAGUGCAGCUCCGUUGGCCUUGGCUGGGAUGGAACACAGCCUACUUGUGAACCUUGCGAGGCGCUUUCUCAGAUCGAGAACGGAAGUGUUUCCCUGGAUACGGAAGGCAGCACAACCCGCGCUGUACACUCAUGCAUGCUGGGUGCCACGCUUACAGGGGAAAGCGUUCUGCAUUGUUUACAGAAUGGCUCAUGGAGUAGCCUCCAGCCAAACUGCGUGUUGUGUCCGACAUUAUCUGCUCCCGACAGUGGAUUGGUUUCUAUGUUUACCGAUGGGAUGACGUCAACAGCCAACUUCUCCUGCGGGUCAGACUAUUUUCUUGUCGGAAAUGACGUCAUUUCAUGUGCUGAAGAUGGUUCAUGGUCUGCGGCCGAACCUGUUUGCCAGUGUAAUGAUCCGGUUGGGAUCCUGCAUGGCUCCGUGACGUCAGACGGACAGACGGCUGUGUACACGUGUGAUCUUGGAUACACACUUGACGACGAACCUCAGCGCGCAUGCUCAACUGAAGGCCUCGGUUGGGAGGGCGAUGCACCGUCUUGUGUAUCCUGUCCACAACUGAUCGCCCCGACGGACGGUAGCCUCGUUCUGAUCACGAACGGCACGAGCACUGUGGCCACUUUUACGUGCAAUAUUGGCGGCAUCCUGCUAGGGUCUGCCAGUAUCACGUGUUCUUCCGAUGGCGUGUGGUCCGGCGACCUCCCUACAUGCGUGGUAUGCGGCACUUUGACUGACCCGGACAGCGGAGAAGUAGCAUUGUCGACGGACGGACUGGUAACGGUGGCCACGUACUCGUGUGUGACUGGAUAUCACGUGAAUGGGGAGGUGUCAAUCACGUGUGAAACUAGUGGACAGUGGGGCAAUGUUCCACCUACGUGCGUGUGCGAUGCUCCUCUGACCCCGGACAGCGGGUCUGUGGAGAUCUCAGCGGACGGUCGGACGGCGUUGUACACAUGCGAUGCAGGAUAUACUUUAGUGGGCGUGUCUGCAAGGAGCUGCCGGACAUUGGGUGCCGGAUGGAACGAAACAGACCCCUCAUGUAAGGUGUGCAACGUUCUCUCGAGCCCAGGUGGCGGUCAGGUAACCUUGGUAACUGACGGCACGGACACACGUGCCGAGAUCACAUGCGACACUGGAUACACAAUGAGCGGCGAGUCCACCCUUGUCUGCCGAAGUGACGGGACAUGGCACCUCUCCGUGCCUACAUGCACUGCAUGUGAAUCAAUGACGACUCCGGCUAACGGAAACCUUCAAUUUUUAACGGACGGCACGGAGACGCAGGCUAAUUACACGUGCACGGUGGGCUACAGUAUAUCUGGUCCUGCACUUCUCUCAUGUCGCUCGGACGGAAGCUGGGACCUCACUCCACCCUCUUGUGUUCAAUGUGCCGUUCUGGAUGCCCCGGCGGCUGGACAUAUUGCGACGUUCACUGACGGUGUCGCCACUAUAGCGUCCUUCAGCUGUGUGUCCGGGUACCAUCUAGACGGAGCUGACUCUCGGACAUGCAGCGCCGCUGGCAACUGGGACCUGGAAAGUCCAAGAUGUGUGUGCGACGUCCCGACUAAUCUCAACAAUGGGAAUGUAGACGUCUCAUCUGACGGAAUGACGGCAACUUUCUCCUGUGACGUCGGCCUCUCCCUGUCUGGUGCCCAAUCAUCCGUCUGCGACACGCUCGGGUCGGGCUGGGAUGCUGCCUGGCCAACUUGUGUGGCGUGUCCUGAGCUGGAGAGUGUUAGUAACGGAACGUCUCAGGUAACGUCUGACGGCGCCGUGACGUCUUGGUCGGUGAGCUGCGAUGUCGGCUCCACUGUGUCUGGGGCUAUCUCACUGGAAUGCCAGCCUGACGGAACGUGGACAGGACAGCUACCGGAGUGUGGUAUAUCUGCCUCUUGUUUUUUAUAG